AUGGUAUCCCGCAAGCCCCGGCCCUAUCGACCUAAGAUAAGAGGUUGCUACGAAUGCUCGAAGCGUCGGAUCAGCUGCGAUCGCGCGGAGCCUGAAUGUGAGAAGUGCUCCAGGAAAGGGUUAAAGUGCAGCGGUCUAGGGGUUCGACAUCGAUUCAGCGAUGGGGCGGCAUCGCGAGGCUUUUGGAGAGGCAAAACCGUUCAGCAAGCAUACGAACAACCACGAGACCACGAACGGGGCUACCAUAGUGUACAAAUAUGGCGCACAACAAGAAAAAGGCACUUCUCUCCGACUUCAGGUCCGGUCGGCAUGGCACAAGCUGGGCCAGCUCACGUAGAGUCCGACGGUGCUACUAUUGUGCCCUCCGGACGGCAUGAAAACACCGUUCAUAAUAUUAUUCUCGAGAGUUUAGACAGGCCUGCUACUCUAUGGUCCGAGAUGGAAGCCGCUGCCACCCGCUGUUUCACUCAUCAACCAACCUCAAGCAACUUGACCCCUUGGGAGACUCAUUUGCUGUCGUAUUUCUCAGCCCACAUUGCGGUAGAAAUGGUGGCCGCGGAUGGUCACCAUAACGGCUGGCGCCACCUUGUUCUACCUAUCGCUCAUAUGGAUCCCUUAGUAUUGAAAUCCGUGCUCGCCGUUUCUUCGUUUCAUUUAAGUAAUCAAAGACGUACGGCCGAGUCUGAGGGCAACACGCACCAGGUCACAAGGUCAAGGCUACACAACACGUCGGUGGUUCCGAUGCAGCUAUACGCAACAACAAUUCAUGAUCUAGGAAGACGACGUGACCUCGAAGCCCAUGAUCGUUCAAGUAAGAUUUGCACAUUAGUCGUCAUACUUGUCCUACUUGUUUCCGCCAUGGUGACAGGAUCGGAUGACUUCCCAAUAUUGUUUCGUCUCCUAGAAUCUGCACUGGCAACUAUUGGUGGAGAAGACUCUCUGGGACACGAUGAGCUUUCAGCCUUUAUAAUGCGCCAGGUUUACAAAUUACGCGUAUAUUCAGCUCCUCUUCUGAGCGAGGAUAGUGGCAUUCUGACUCUAUCUUCACGAAAGCAAGUCACUAGAGCAUUCGAAUGCAUGAAAUACUGCUCGCAGCAGCGACCAGAGCAUUCGGAGACAGUAUCGCGCAUUAUGAAUCUAGUUCAGCAGUCGCACAAUAUCUAUCUCCACAGAGCAGGUACUAAUGUGAUGAUAUCACAGUCUGCCGUAAUCAGUCUUGAUAAUCACAUGAAGAAAUCUGUCGAGAGAGUGCAAUUGUUCAUCGAAACUUUCCAAUCAUUCCCCGCUGACUCACCAGGAAGAGAAGUGUUGGUUUGGGCAUUCUUUGUGGCAGCUUCAGGAUGCAUGACGGAUGAGCAUAAGGACUUUUUCAGAAUCACUCUACGUGAAUGUCACCAGAAGAGUCAUUUUGAGAACAUCUUAAAGGCUCUUAAUCAUCUAGAAAGAAUCUGGGAUCGUCAGCUCUUUGGACUUCGCUGGGCUUCUCAGCUCCCUGAAGCUCGUUUGCUCAUCAUGUAA